GUAAUGUCCAGUGAAACUCUAGAAUUCAGUGGAUGCAAUUUCUUCCGAAUCAGACUAGCGUACUCAAUUCUCAGCGGAAGACCCAUCAGAAUAAUAAACAUCAGAAAAAAUGAUGAUAGACCAGGAAUCAGAGAUUUCGAAUCAAAACUGAUCGGUCUACUUGAGAAAGUGACGAACGGUACUAAAGUUGAAAUCAGUCGAACAGGUACUCAAGUCAUUUUCCGACCGGGAAUGAUUACUGGCGGUGUUGUUAAUUUGGAUUGUGGUACCGAAAGAUGCAUUUCUUACUUUUUGGAGCCUCUUCUAUUGCUUUCUCCCUUCUGCAAAGUUCCAAUGGUAAUCAAAUUGAAAGGAGUUACAAACGCACCUGGUGAAAUCUCAGUCGAUGGUAUGAAAGCUUCUUGGUUGAAAGUUUACAACAAAUUUGUGCUCAAUGAUGAGAAACUUGAUAUCAAAAUUCAAGCUCGAGGAUUGAAACCAGAAGGAGGCGGUGUUGUCGUGUUUACCGCUCCAAUUGUUAAAACUCUUCGGCCAGUAAAAAGACAACAAGUCGGAAAAGUUUGUAAAAUUCGAGGUCAAGCAUAUGUUACUAAAGUUACACCUUCACUAGCUUAUCGAAUGAUUGACGCUGCAAAGAAAGCAAUGCAUGGGUACAUUUCGGAUGUUUAUAUUACUGUUGAUCAACGGAAAGGUGAUGCUGGUGGCGCUUCUCCAGGAUAUGGUCUGUUCUUAACCGCCGAAACGACAGAGGGUGUUAUCUACCAAGCAGAAGCUAUUUCAAGACCGAAGGGCGAAUCAGGAGUUCCAAUUCUUCCAGAAGACAUUGGAAUUGAAGCCGGUCAUGCUCUUCUUCAACAAAUUUACAUGGGAGGUGCCCUUGACAGUAGUGCUCAAAUACUUGCAAGCACAUUUAUGACACUCUGUCCUAAAGAUGUUUCACACUUCCUCUACGGUCCUCUUCCAAUGUAUAGUGUACACGCACUCAGGCAUCUCAAACAGUUUUUUGAGAUCGAGUUUAAAAUGGAAGACUUUAAAAAAACAUUGAAGGAAGAGGAAGCUGAUCUCAAAACAGGAAGUGCCGAUAAAGCUAUGGUUACCGCUGUUGGUGUAGGAUACAGCAAUUUGAACAAGACCAUUCUAUAAAUUACUCGAUUUGUUUUUUCGUUGUUAUGAUUUCUCUAUUGUUAUUGUUGUUGGUUUUCAUUUAAAAAAUUGUUU